CUAUCUCCCUCGUCUAGCGAUGCAGCGCCGCCCCAAUCUCCCCGCUCCGCCGCCGCCGCCCCCUGCCUUCCACUAUCACCCGCUCAGCCACCACCACCCUCCUCUACAUCGCCGGAGGAACGGGCACACCUGGCGCGCCGCCUCGAGGCCGCGCUCGAGCAGGUGAGGAGGGAGUCGGUGCGGCAGGGCGCGGCGCUGGACGAGCUGAGGCGGCGGCUCGAGCGGCGGCGGGCGCGCGCGGACGAGCUCCUCGUCGCCAGGCGGAGGGCCGCCGAGGGCGUCGAGCGCCGCAAGGAGCAGAUGCAGGCGCAGGUCGAGCGGGUGCUGCCGCUCUCCAGGGCCCUCGCCGCCGCGCACCGGCAAGUGCAGGAUGCCAAGGAGGGAUUAUCCGUGGAGAGGGCGCGGCUUGGGGAUUUGCAGAGGCUGCUCAGGACGAGGCAGCAGUCCAUGGUAGCCCAGGUCGCCGCCCUGUACCCUGUCAGGGUCUUCCGUGACCUGCCGGUUGCACAAAACCACCAUUCCCGUACCAAUGGAGUGUGUCGAACACCUUCGGAAGAGAAUGGGGCACUUACGGAAGAGAAUGGAAAUGGAACACAUUUGCUCACCGUUAUCAAGGACAAAGCACAUGUAAGCAGCAUUGGACCCUUGACAUUUUUUGGUUGGCAAAUUGGAAAGCCCAGGACAAAGAAGCGGACUUACAGCCACAAGGAGCUUCAGUGGUCAGCAGCUGUGCUUGGAUAUGCAGCACAUUUGGAGACGACCGUGAGCCCGCGACAGUGAGACAGACACGACCUUGACUUGGCCAUGUCCGCCUCUCUGGACUGAUGAUAAUGCUUCACUACUGAGUUAUGUAAGAAACGGUGAUACGAAAGCCACCUGCGUCAUCACCUCAGCCAUGUCCACCUCUCUGUACUGAAUAUCAUGUCUCAAAUAUCCAAAAAGCUUAUUUAAAUAUUGAUAGUUAAUAGUUUUUCUAUAGUGCUUCUCUACUAAUCAAAGAAGUUAAUAGUUUUUCUAUUUCAUUCUUUUUUCCAAUUGAAUGCACUCGGGUUUCUUUUGGAUUAGUUAUUAUCAAACAUAUAGUUCUUUCUAUACUGAUGUGUUAUUUUUCAGUUGAACACAAUGGACUUUCUAUAGAUUUUCAUGGUUUUUGCAAAGUACUGAGCUUUGUUGUUUUAUUCCUACAUAUUCAGGAAUUUCGUUGUGAAGCUAAAGCGGGUGUUAAGACAAAGUCCACUCUGUCUAGAUUGAAAACGAUUGGAAACAUGAUUCACCUGAUAUUCAGGGUUAGUCAAAACCAUGGUGAAGUAUUACUGUGCAAGUUUCACUGUCUUGUGUUACUUCUCUCAUCUUUACUAUUUGGCAAAGAGUCAUUCUUUCGUACAUUCAUAAUCACUACCAAGUUUUAUGUUUUAUUGAGUAGUGUUAAACUGUUAAUUAUCGUGUACCAUAGAGCGCUGCUAUUCUAGAUUGUUAGAGACUAGAAUUUAUCGAUGUAUGUGAUGGAGAGACCAGUAGUGUUGUUGAUCUUCCGGUGUUCGUAUAAUUGCUAACAUUUAUUCAUUUCAAAGAUUGGUGCAGGAUAACAAACCUCAUGUUGUCAAAGCUUUGUUCCAAUAUCUAUUAACAUAUUUCUUUUCAAAGAGGAUCGUUGUUAGAAGUCUGAUGAGAUUCCGAUCCCCUAAAAGCAUGGCGAAGACAAGAUCAAGUUCCAUCACUUUGCAUCGAAGGGACUGCCACCUGCCUCAAGAACAAGAAAGGAGAGGACGGUGGGCCUCAUGCCUGAAAUGAUGAGAUAGGGAGAUGAAGGCGGGCCUCGUGCCUGAGACGACGAGGAGCAGGGAGAGGAAGGCGGGCAUCAUGCUUUUCACAUCCUACAUGGGAACACGAACAUGAGGGAAGAAAUCAGGUUGGUGAUGGGGCGUGUGCGUGCGGCACUGGGUGUAGAACAAUUCAACGGCCACCACCAUGUGAGGUGCAAGGUAAGAUCAGCUUCUUCAACUAGGUGCCUCCUACAUCUCACUGUGAGGAUUCGUGGGGCUUAUAUGUGCCACAUGUGAAGGACAAGAUUGUUUUGGACCUUGGCUUGGUGCUUGCCGCGUUUAAGUUGCCCAUCAGGAUGGUCGUGUCCUUGGGUGCAUGGCCUUCGACCACCACCAGAUGCCCACGGGAAACUCACUCAAAAGAAUUUUUCAUUAUACAUUAAUUCAUGAUCUGGUCUUGUUAAUUUAUACUUUGUGAAAGUGCGAUCAGGUAUCUGUGGGGUGCUUUUAGAAAAAGCAGAAGUGGUCAUGCUAGAGCUAGCGCAAUUUAGUUGAAAGGCAUGGGAUCGGUGGCAUGAACAUCUUGGGCUGAUCUUGUGUGCCAUUUGUGCAGGAUUCAGAACAAGAGUGGGAGGGUGAGUAGUGAUGGAAGAAGUAAGGAAAUUGAAAGGAACAACUUCUUGUUGUUGUUGACGCUAACCCAAUACAUUUUGCAUUUCAGCGUGUGUACAACAUGGGAACAUAUAUGUUAUCUCUAGGGGGCAAAGCAUUGUGGAUUUAUCAUCAUUGUGGUAUUUUGGAGGCUAGCUGGAUGUGAUGUCCAGACAGGUAAUUUUGAGCCAAAAUCAGCCUUAAAGGUAGGUCUCAGAUUUUACUCACGCUUCAAUUAUUUUGAGUAUAGCGUUUGCAUUAUUUCUAAGAAGUUUUGUGCCUCAUAGCUUGUGUAUAUAAGCAUAUAUGUACUAUCAGAUAUAUUGUCAGAUUGUAAUGUUGAUAAAAUGAGAGGAAGUUACAAAACUUAGCAUAACAUCUAUUUACUACACAAUGUGCAAGUUUAACAGUUAUUAAUUGUGUGUCUACAACUGUUCUGUUUUUCACUGUUGUUGGUUGAAAUCUGCUUCAACAAUGCGAGUUCUUUAUUCUCAAGACGUUCUUUUGUUCCCUCGGGUGAAUGCGUCUUCCUAAGCAGGUCUGCAUGUUGGUAUUACUUUGUUUGUUGACAUCUUCUUCUCUGUCUACAGACCAUGCUCACUAUUAAAGGGGAGCAACCUGGCCUGUUGCAACUCAUGUGAAUUCAUGCAGAUGAUAUGGUAUCUUACAUUUUUCACUAAUCAAAAGUUCACACAGCAACGAAACAUCAUGUGUAGUAGAUGGCGCUGCACCUCACUUGCAGUGAGUGGUGAAGCAUGGUGCCACGAGUGUGGCUGAUGUGCUGCUGGAGGACACGAUCUUGAAGUAGUCGGCAUGAACGGCCACCGGGUAUGGAAUUGUUUUCUCUUCUUUUCCCUAAAAUUGUACUCUUUUAGGUGUUGUUGGAUUUGGUUUCCCUUUGUUCUGACAAAUGUACACUCCCUUUCGCUCAUUGAUAAUGUGGUUGAUUAAGUGCAUGAUUGGUCAUUGGUUGGCCAGGGCUUAAGGCUCAUAGGGUUGUGCAAAAGGGUGUAGGUUGGUUUGGGAAGGUCUAUUUGUCUACAAAAAACUGUUGAAUGCUUGUGUAUAGGAAUUCAACAUAUCGGUAUUUCAGUUUUGACAAUCACAUAUUGACGCAAAAUUUCUUCUACCUCUUGCUGAUUUUUUUAUGACGAUGCAAGUGGUCUGAAGAUGUCUUCGUGACAAAAUAUUUGCAAAGUGAUCAGGGAGAUAUCUGAUGGAACAUGCCGAAACGAUUUUGGGCCUACAAUAUAAAAACAAUAAAAUUGCAAACUUUCUUAGGGAGAUAUGUGAUGGGAUGUGAAAAGCUCCCCCCACCCAACCAACCCCGUUACGACGCUCUAUGAGUGCUUCCUGUAAGAAGAGGGGACACUUGUGCAUGCUGCUCAAGGUGAUACACAAGAUUGAGUGAUGGUCUUGCAAGCUCAGGGCGAUCAUGGAAGUAGUGUAGUUCCUUUGUGUGUGAGAGACCCACAAAGGAUUUCUUAAUGAGCUUGAGUCUGCGUAGGUUGAACACCAAAGAGUGAUUGUGGUGCUCUAUGAAAUACUAAAAUGCAGGUGCUGCAGCGGUUGUUCAUUGAUAUUAUGUAGCUUUCCUUUGCAUACGCUUGCAACUACAUAUACAUGUGGCCACAUAUGAUAAGUUGGCAGUGAACUUUCAAAUACAGGCGACAAAUUCUUGA